AUGGCCCAGUUUCAGCACCCUUUCCACUGCCUGCAGUAUGUGCAAAGACAACCCACAGAUCUUCUCAUUGGCUCGGCCGGCCAACGGAUCUACUCCUACGCUGCGCCCACUGGCCAGCGCCUCGAUGUGUGGCCUCGGAAUGUAGACGCGGCAGUCUCUGCUUCAGAAGAGCAGGCGCCGCCUGAGAAACGGAGAAAAUUGUCCGCCGAGGAGAAAUCGGACAAGCCGACCUGGUCCACCAUCCCCAUUGUGAAGGUCUGUCCCGACGGAAGACAUGUAGUGGCUGUCACUGCAGAGGACAAAAGUAUCCGGGUCCUGCAGCUGAACGAAGAUGGAACACUACAGCAAUUGAGUUCGCGGUAG